AUUCAAAUCGAGACGUACUGAGAAAUAAAACGUGUUUGUGGUAAUGCUUUUGUAAGUGUUUAUUCGAACGUAGCAUUUCCAUUGCACAUUGCAAGGUCGCAAUUUCUACAGUACUGUUGAUGCUUAGUUGUAUCAACAGUAGAUAUCCCGAGUUGUGCAGAGAUAGAUCUCGUGCUUAAUGCUCGUAAGAAGAACAGUACUCAAAUUACUUUCGGAAUACAAUAAAGGAGCAUGCAACGUUGGCAAGGCAAGACUGCUGUGAUCAGUGGAGCUAGUGCCGGCAUUGGCGCCGCCAUCUGCGUGGUGUUGGCGGACGCGGGAAUGAGGGUCGUCGGCCUAGCGAGGAGACCACAGCUAGUUGACCAAUUACAGUCUCAAGUGAGAGGCAACGGUUCGAUACACUCGAGGCGAUGCGACGUAUCGAAUUCCGAUGAUGUGGCAGCGACAUUCAAAUGGAUCGAUGAACAGUUUGGUAACAUUCACGCUCUGGUCAACAACGCUGGGAUAUUUCCAAAGGGACAUAUCACUGAAAUAGGUGAUAACAUUCUUUCUGAAGAAACGUUGAUGUCAGUAGUGGAUAUUAAUCUAAAAGGACCAGUGAUGUGUGCGCGACAUGCAGUCGCUUCUAUGAAGAGGGCUAGCUUUGAUGGACAUAUUAUUAAUAUCAACAGUAUCGCUGGUCACUAUGUUCCGUUUGCAGACAUGUUCAACGUAUAUCCGGGAACAAAGCACGCUAUCACCGCUUUCACAGAGACCUUAGCCAAUGAGCUAGCGUACUUCAAUAGUAAAAUCAAAAUAACGAGUUUGUCGCCGGGCCUGGUGGAUACAGAUAUGGCUCCUCGCGUGGAUGGAGAGCUUUCUUUUGCAGCACUAUCGCCUCAGGACGUUGCCGAAGCUGUUCUCUAUGUAUUGUCCACGCCCCCUCAUGUUAAUAUCAAGGAAUUAACGAUAACACCGGUGUCGGAGAAACGACUUUAAUCUCAACGAUAAUGAGAAUCUGUGCGCUUAGUGCAAUUUAGUGGCUAGCGGCAAACGUAGGCAAACGUUCCAACUCUAUACAAAUUUGAGUUAACUUUUACGCUAUCGAGAACGUUAAUAAACUCGCACUAAGCGCACUACUCUUGGUUCCGUAGCGAUGCCGUUUUCAAGAGGAACCAAUUGUAUGAAUCAUUUAUCGAUAAUAUUAAUGAAUAAAAAUAAACUGAUGAAUGUACAAGAAA